ACUAUUCAAUAAGUGUAAUGGUCACGCGGUGCUGCAGUUCGAUUCGGGCGACAUGGUGCUAUCAAAAUGAACUUGUCACGCCACACGUUUUGCCAGCGUCAGAAACUACAUGACUAAAGGCUGAGGGAACUUAUCAACUCCGAAUCCAUGAAUGAUGCGCGGAAGAUCUGUGUUUUUGCGCACCUCUUGAUCUCGUCAGCUCAUCAUGUCCAACAUUAACGUUAAGAAUAUUCCUGUCGGUGCAACGGAGAAACCGAAAAGCUCAGAAACUGAAAGAGCUAUAUUGGAGGAGCGAGUUCGGAUGCGGCUAGCAUCAGAAAAGAAGGCACAUGAGAUUGUUGAGAGACUUCUUGAUAAUCCAGUUACAGAAGACUUCUUAUUAUGUUGUGCUUUUUCUAUAUACCCACAACACUACAAGGAUGUGGUCACUGAGAGAUCCAUUAUCAAGCAGUGUGGCUAUCCACUGUGUCAAAGGUCACUGGACAAUGUUCCGAAACAGAAGUACCACAUCAGCUGUAAGACCAAUAAAGUCUACGACAUCACAGAUAGAAAGUGUUUCUGUAGUCAGUUCUGCUACAAGGCCUCCAAAUACUUUGAAGCUCAACUAUCCGAUUCACCCCUGUGGACAAGAGAAAUGGAAGAACCAUUAGACAUCAAGCUUCUCACUCAAGACAUGGAGGCUGAUUCUACUGCAUCUUACUUGAUUGCAAAAGAUAAUGUGGUUCUCACAGAACGAAUCCACUCUCAAGAUGUUGGUGAAGUAGACAGCAGCGAUAAAGAUGAACCCUUAAAGAAUGAAAUUGUGGGUCUUCUUGAAGAUGACCUCUCUAACUUGACUUUUGCUGAUACACGGAAGAGAGAAAGGUUGCAGGAGUUGGCUGAGAUUGGUAGAAAUCCAACAACACCUCAAAGUGAACAGAGAAGAUCUGUACAAUGCAAAGAUUCUGACAAUUAUCCAAAACAGGAAUUUGGAAGCCUAGAAGUGCAAGACACUACAUCACCUCCUGAAGAUAACAUUCAUGGUUGCUGCUCUGGGGAAAUAUAUGAGAAAUCUGAAGCCAUAGAAGAACAACAAAUCAAGAAUGCGCAAUUUAACAGAUACAAAAGUGCAGAGGACUCAGAGCAAGACUACUUAGCAAGCAUUGAUGGAUCUAAUUCUGACAUAACAACUGGUUGUGUGGCUCUUGGCAUUAAUAAACCAUCACCCAGUCCUGAUCAAGGAGAUGCUUCAGGAGAUGUUCAAGCAGUAAAAAAGAAGAAAGCAAAGAGGAAAAUGAAGGAAUCUAGUCCCCAAGUUAUGGAUGAGACAUCCUUGUUCCAGUCUGUCAGUAGAACAGUUAUGGAAUGGACCUCGAACGAAACACGAGAAUUUCUAAUGGGAGGUUCUUCACGUCAGUGUGCACCAUCUCAACAAGCAGGCGUUAACCUUGAAAUGCAAAACUUGACCUCUGACCCUGUUACCAUGACCCGUGACCCUUCGGCAGACCCAACAGAGCCUUCUUUACCUCCAGCAAAACCUUUACCGGGCAUGGAUAAAUUGAAGGAAGAAACCAAACAAUAUUCACUCAAGGUGCAGGAGUUUUAUUGCAGCAGUUACCUGGACAUCAAAGAGAAGAAAAAGAAGGCCCAAAACGAGGAGAAGCAGGAGGAAGGUGUUGAUCGAACUCUACGAUUUCCUCUGGUUGAUUCCAAAUCUCAGAUGGCAAUUAGAAGGAAGAUACUUUCCGACCGACUCAACAGAGUCUUUUCUGAAAUGCUUACACCAUUGGGGCUGUCUAUGCGUGACAUGUCAUCUGAUCUUCAAGCGUUGAUUCGCACCUUUCACUUGAGUAGUACUAACAUCACAUUUAAACCUGCUGGCUGGACCAUGCUAAGUGUGUUGCUUCUACAAAUUCUCUCUAAGCGAAAUGCAUUUGUUGAAGACUCUAUCACAAAAGAUGACUGUCAGCGUUUUCUGGACUCACUCCUCUUCAAAAUGGGCACAAGUUUGGAGCAGCUAACCUUAUGGGUGGGGGAAACAUUCAGCCAUGAUGGUACCUCUUGACGAGGUUUGGCCGCGGCUCGGCAGCUGACGAUGAAACUGCAUCUGUGUCAUUCCUUCUUCCCCAUCAGAAGAUAGGAGGACACAGGCAGUGUGGCAGAUAUCACUUGGGAUUUCUCCAGGUGCUGGCUUGUCCUCUUCAUAUUCUCUUCAUUAAAUGCUUUCUUUGAACCAGAUGGACUGAGUUAAAUAUUCACUUCAACCCGAGAGCCCUAGGCUUUGGACUUGGAUACAUAGCUAAACUAUCUCAUUUGAUGGGUUCAUCCCUGUUUCUUUAUACAGCAAUUAUGUGGUCGUCUCAAGCAUAUAAAUUCCAGCUUUUGGUAUCGGUUUGGGGAGAGUGUUGGUUAUUGGGCAUGAAAAGUAUUUUUUAAAGGUAUUUGCAUAAACCCUUCAAAUUGCAUUCAUAUACCACAACCAUUUCUAAUUCGAUAUGUUUUAUUCUGUCUCACUAGAAUUUAUGUUGUUCUAGCAUAAACCUGUAAAUUGUGUAAACAAAAGAAUCUGUUUUUAAGUUGUUCAUUAUUCUGUUCAGGAUUGUUAUUUUAUUCACAGACUGUAGAAGUAAGUUGCGUUUUGGGCUUGUCAAAAAGUAUUAAUACCCAUCGCCUUACUGAUGCGGCUUUUAGUUUCAAAACAGUGUACCUUGGAAGAAGUCAUAGCCAUUGGAUUUUAAAACAACAAAUAUUUUAAAGGAUCCAUUAAUUAUUGUACACUACAGUGCACAUUUUAUAAACAUGCAUGGUGUGUUGGUGCACCUGCACGUCUGUGUUUGGGAUGUGGCAAAUUCUCUCCUUUGGAUUAAUAAAUGUUACUUGUAUUGUGCUUCCCAUCAAGAUUUUUUACUUUGUGUUGUGACCUUCGCCUUCAUCUUGGCAGAAUUCCCUUAUUUUACCGAACAUGUUCCUUCUUUCAUUGUCGUGUGACCUUUUUUGUCAUCCCUUAAUUAAUGCAGUUUGUGUACUUUUAAUCAGACCUCGCCUCCAGUCUAAGUUAUCCACUCUACAUGUGUCAUACAAAGGGGUCAUACCAAUCAUACACUACCACCUAACAAGGAAGAUUUGUAUCUUCAGAUUGGUUCUCGACUUUUGACAUUUCUAGACAACUCUCCCUUUUAAAAAGCAAUCCAUCAACUUGUCAUCCAGUAUAGUAACCCCCCUCCCCGACAAAAAGUCCAUAAAAUAUCUUCUCCCUCUUGUUAUCUGCUUCUCGGGACCUUGUUUAAGACGUUAUAAAAAUACCGGACUGGUCUAGAUUGAAUAGGAUGAGAAAAAGCCUCAGAUUUACGAAAGCAGUUCCUUGGUUUUCUACUUAGAUCCAACCUUCACUUGUCCAUUAUCAAAUUCCCUUGGUAAGUCUCUUAAACCUCUCUGUCAACAACAUGUCCAUAUCGGUACUCCGACCAGGCAUGAUGUUAUGCUGAUUUCCCGUAUUUGAUUUGUUUUGGUGUUUAAAAUGCACGCAGUUCCGUUGUUUGAUGUACGGUCUGAAAAUUCCUGAGAUGGAACUUCCAUGUGUAUUGAGAAUCCACGCAUUCAGCCUAUUGUGAUUGUUAUUAAUGAAUUGUAAUGAACAAACAGAGGUCUGAGAGAAAUGCCAUCUUAUGGGAAUGGGAUUUUUUCAAUGUAAGUUUUGUAGCAUUUUUUUCAUCAAGGAAUGCUUGAGUGUCGUAUCCCUUCUUGUUGCCUUCUCAGCUUUACCCGGCUUAGUAAUAAGCGAUGCGGGUCCCUGAUCGAUCGAAGUUAACCUGGGAAUCCAUUGCUUUAAUGUUCACUUAUCCGCUGAUAGACCUAGUAUAUCCACCUGAUCCUAAUUAAUAAAGCAAACUGGGACUUUUUGA